UGAGUAUCGGCGGUAUCAACUUGCGCUCUCCACUCCCACAAUUCCUUGCGAGUGUCCGUCAACAAACUUCAGCCCUACGUCUCCCGGUAAAUACACGUGGGGAGUUCUAGUACGCUGCUACUACACCGAAGGCCAAACAGAGGAUGGCGAGUGAGGACGUGGAGCGACUUCUCAUCCAGUUUCAGAAUGAGGAAGGCGAAGUUCUUGGUUCGCCGUUUGAUGUGCCUCUGGACAUUACUCCAGAUAAACUACAGCUGGUCUGUAAUGCACUGCUGCAGAAGGAUGAACCGGUACCAUUGGCAUUUUUUGUGCGUGGAGAGGCUGAGGUGGUGUCCAAUCUGGGCUCCUGUGUUAAAACUCUUGCUGUAGAGACAGAGCAAGUCCUGCCAGUUGUUUACCAGCCUCAGGCCGUGUUUAGGGUCAGAGCGGUAGCCCGCUGCACCAGCACUCUGCAGGGACACACGGAAGCUGUCAUCUCCACUGCAUUCAGCCCCACUGGCAAAUAUCUGGCCAGUGGGUCAGGUGAUACCACAGUGCGUUUUUGGGAUUUGACAACUGAGACGCCUCAUCACACAGCCAGAGGUCACACACACUGGGUUCUCAGCAUUGCCUGGUCCCCAGAUGGCAAGAAGCUGGCGUCUGGGUGCAAGAACAGUCAAAUUUUUCUUUGGGAUCCAGUGACGGGUGCACAGAUAGGGAAGACUUUGACAGGACACUCUAAGUGGAUCACAUGGCUGUGCUGGGAACCUCUUCAUCUAAACCCAGAGUGUCGCUUCCUGGCCAGUAGCUCCAAAGACGGAUCAGUUCGUAUCUGGGACACAGUGCUGGGUCGCUGUGAGAAGAUUCUGACCGGACACACACAGUCGGUCACAUGUGUGAAGUGGGGAGGGGAUGGGCUUCUGUACACGUCUUCUCAGGACAGAACAGUUAAAGUGUGGAGAGCAAAAGAUGGUGUGCAGUGCAGAACGCUGCAUGGUCAUGCUCACUGGGUGAACACACUGGCCCUCAGUACAGACUAUGUCCUGCGGACCGGUGCUUUUGAACCCGCGACUGCCACAGUAAACCCACAGGACCUCUCUGGAUCAUUGGAUGAGCUGAAGGAGAGAGCUUUGCAGAGAUACAACAAAGUUAGAGGCACGGCGCCUGAGCGCUUGGUGUCUGGCUCGGAUGAUUUCACUUUGUUCCUAUGGAACCCUGCAGAGGAGAAGAAGCCUCUGGCCAGAUUGACUGGCCACAGUGCUCUGGUCAAUGAAGUGCUCUUCUCUCCAGACACCAGACUUCUCGCAUCUGCUUCAUUUGAUAAAUCAAUCAAGAUCUGGGAUGGACGCACUGGAAAGUACUUGAUGUCUCUGCGUGGCCACGUGGGGUCUGUGUAUCAGGUGGCCUGGUCAGCAGACAGCAGAUUGCUGGUCAGUGGAAGCAGUGACAGCACAUUGAAAGUUUGGGACAUGAAAACCGGAAAGCUUAACAUGGACCUACCAGGCCACGCCGAUGAGGUUUAUGCCGUAGACUGGAGUCCUGAUGGUCAAAGAGUGGCCAGUGGUGGGAAAGAUAAAUGUCUCAGAAUAUGGUGAAGAUAACCACAACUGAGGCCAGGAUACAUGUCUUUUUCUGUUAAGAAAAAAAAUCACCGACAGCUGGAGCAAAAGGAGACGAGACGGAACCUAAUCCUCUUGUUUGGCUUCAAUGUGCUGUCUGUAAAAGUGACAUUGUGUCAAGGAAAUUCACUCUGCUCAUGAUGACGAUGUCACGACUCUAAAGGUAUUUCAGAAAGAUGAGAUAUUUACGUCAGUACGAGACAGGCGCUAGACUGGCAAAAUUGUCAGUAUCAACGUCACGGCUCAUCUUUGUAGUUAUUCUAUUCAUGGUCUGAUUUGUAGCUGACAUUAUUAUAUAGAGAUAAAACAAGAAAACAAACUAGGAAAAUAUUUCAAUAAGACUGUCUCUAAACCAAAAAAAAAAGUUUAACCUAUUUCUAAGAACGACUUCAGUCGUCCCAUCUGGGUCAACAGGUGGACUGAGACAACAGCCGGUGUGUCUGCUAAUACCAUUUUCUGUGUUGUUAAUGCUGGCAAACACCGGCUCUGCUGCCUCUUUGUCAGCCUUUAAUCUCCUCAGCUCCAGGAUCAGCUCAGCCUGACACCACAGUGUAUAUAUGUGAAUGGAUGGCUGUUUGUAUGGUUUUUAACAUAAAUUCUUUAUCAACAUCUUUUUACUUAAUGAUAAAAAUUCUAUACAUAUACUAUGAUCUUGUACACAGAUGACAUCAUGGAGGUGCAUACAGUACAUGAUCACUAAUAAACAAUGUCUAUCUUUGCUUAAAACAUGUUUAUUGACUUAUACUUGGACCAAUCACGGCAUAGUUUCAAUGUUUUUGCAAAUCUGAUCAUGAAAGUUAAACUGUAAUGUAACAGGAAGUAAUCCAGUGGGUCUGAGCAUCUUAGGUUUUUGAACGAUCCGAACAAUUUGUAUUGGAGCAUGAUCAAUAAGGCUAACGUGUGCUGUUCACCUAGUCAUACUGAGCAGCAAAGGAAUAAAGAGGUCUGUAGAGGUGUGCAUCCGUGAAUAAAAGAUAUAAAAAAAA